AUGUGCCACCUCAGCGUGGUCAACAGUCUUAUGCUUCUCCUUAGCAUAUCAUACCUUUCCUUGGUGAACUGCACGCAGCAGGAGACCAGCAACACACCGCCGCUCGGCUUCUCGAAAACGAGGGUGCUCUCAGGAGAAUGUUUUGUGUCGCUAGUAGGGGACUUGGCCCUAACUAUACUACACCCAGACCAAUCGACACGGCGAAUGGGUUAUACAGUCAGUCUUCAAUCGUCAUCCUCAUGUGCUUGA